CUCAUGAGCAUCAAAUUCAAAAAGAUUGCCAUCCCUAUUGCAGGACGUAGCGGCGCGCGGUCUCGAUCUGCCCAAGGUGGACACAGUCGUCCAGUACACGGGGCCGACGUCGACUCGGGAUUACGUGCACAGGAUUGGUCGUACGGGAAGGGCCGGCUCAUCGGGUACGGCGACCGUGUUCCUCACGCCCCCGGAGGUGGAGUUCGCGCGUUUGCUCGAAGCACGCAGGAUACGCAUCAAGCAGGAUGAUAUGGACAAAGUGCUCGAGGGUCUCUUGGAUCCUCUCUCGCCGUACACGUCUGCGUGCGACGCUGCCGUCGGCCUGCAGAACAAAUUUGAGGAACUGGUACUGGCCGAUAAGAAAUUAUAUGCCAUGGCAUGCAAAGCCUACACGUCUUGGGUACGAUUUUAUUCGAGCUAUCCACACGAGAUGCGCGAAGUCUUCAAUCGCAAGGAACUCCAUCUGGGUCAUUACGCGAAGAGUUUCGCACUAAGGGAUCCGCCGCAAAAAAUUGGCGGCACCGGAAAGUUAAUUCGGGAAAGGGAGGACGCACAGCGGUCCAGGCCAAGGCAUCAAAACAGGCUCUCCAAUCAGCGGCCCGACGGGGUGCCGGUGAAGCGACCCGAAGCGAAGCGGCUGCAGAAUUUCGGAAGCGGAAUCCUAAAGAACGUCAGGAUGCUCAACACCUCCGAGUACGACAGCGGCCUACAGCCGCGAAAGAAGCCAAAGAAAUCAUAAGAGGCCAGUGGUUACAAGGAUAAUGCAUUUUAUUUUUAUACUUUCAAAUCUUCUCUUUAGUAAGAAUUCUUUUUAUAAA